UAUCUCUUUCUACGCACUUUCUCCUACCCCUUUCUUUAGUCUUCAACUGACUUUUUUUGUUAUUACCUUCGUUUUAAUGUUCCCCUGCUUCUCAUUUUGCCUUGUUCCUCCUUUCAGUUCUAUAGCAUGAAUAUGGCAGCACUUCAGACGGUUCUCACUCUUCUCCAACCCCACGCUCUGCGUUUAAGCCGCUUCCUCUUCUUUGUCGCAAUUUCAUUAUCAUGCUUGGCCUUUCACUGUAAUGAAGCGUGUGAUGUUUUCAGCUGUGGGGAUUACAGUUUGGAUUUUCCAUUUGGCCUGUUUGGCAGCGGCUGCGGUGACCCUAAGCUUCAGGUAAAGUGUGAUAAUGCAACGAAGAUGCCUCUAAUUACUAUCGGUGGCUACCAAUACUACAUACGGGAGCCCCACAUUUUAUCCCCGGCAGCAGUGGUACCAGAUUCUUACCCUACCAUGAUGAUAUUAUUCAAGCAAUUUGAGCAAGAUGCAUGCAAUUUCUCAGAUAGCGUCUAUGAUCAAUUCUGGAGUGCCAUACAAUUCCAUAUUGUAGAUGGAUACGCAAAUAUAACACUGUCAACAUUUUGCACUGGGUCGUAUGGAGACCCGUACUCGCCCAAUUUGAUGUGUAAUGAACAUAAAUACUAUAAUGACAGUCUUCCAGGUUCGAACAUAGUUUGUGAAUCGGACUUCAGGAUUGCCGUGAAUGAAACUGACUUAAAAUUGGGAAAACGUCUGCCUCAGAUUACUGGCGAAGGGAUCAAUAUAACGUGGCAUGCUAGCAAAUAUUGCGAGUCUUGCACGAUAGAUAGCAUAAAUUGUAGUAAUCUCAGAACCUCAUCUUUCUGCUACUGCGAUGCUAUGUCCUAUUCGCAAUGCUCCAAUGGGAAGUCGAGUAAGAAAGCUAUUAUUUUAGGUGAGGCCAUUGGAGGCGGUGUCUUAUUCGUAGCUGCGAUACUGAUUGUGAGUUUUUGUUGCAAGAGAUCAUCGGCCGCUCUGGAACCUUCUCUUACGAAAGUGGAGCGAUUCCUUGAUGAUUAUGCUCAUGAAAUGCCCACCAGAUAUUCUUAUUCUCAACUGAAGAAGAUCACCAGCAAGUUCGCAGAUAAAUUGGGGGAAGGAGGUUUCGGUGUGGUUUAUAAAGGAAAACUUCCCCGUGGCAAUUUGGUUGCUGUCAAAAUUCUGGAUCAGUCAAGACACAGUGAAACUCAGUUUAUGAACGAAGUUGCAACCAUUGGAAGGAUCCAUCAUGCUCAUCUGGUUCGCCUGAUGGGGUAUUGUUUUGAUGGCUUUAGAAGCGCGCUCAUAUAUGAGUACAUGGUGAAUGGGUUUCUGGAGAAGUUCAUAUUUGCCGGAGAAAAGAAAGGAAGAAUUCUAAACGGAGAAGAGCUUUAUUCAAUUGCUUUGGGUACUGCCCGCGGAAUCGCAUAUCUACACCAAGAUUGUCAGCGGCGUAUAAUUCAUUUUGAUAUUAAACCCCACAACAUAUUACUGGAUGAAGAUUUCACACCAAAAGUAGCUGAUUUUGGUCUGGCUAAACUCUGUGGGAAGAAAGAGGACCAUAUAUCAAUGACAGCCGCAAGAGGAACGCCAGGAUAUGCUGCUCCAGAGGUGUGGAAUAGAAAUUUGGGACCUGUUACAGACAAAUCAGACGUUUACAGUUUUGGAAUGGUACUAUUGGAGAUUGUUGGAAGAAGGAAGAAUAUUGAUUUACAAGUAAGCCGAUCCAGUCAGUUGUUUCUUCCAGAGUGGGUAUUCAAAUUGAUGCAGAACGGGCAGAUGGAGAUGAUGUUGAGAGGAAGAGCAAAGGAAGAAAUCAAAUGGGAAGACGAAGAAAAGGCGACGAGACUGGCCAAAGUAGGAUUAUGGUGCAUUCAGUACAACUCCAGAGAUCGACCAAGCAUGAGCAGAGUGGUUCAAAUGUUGGAAGGAAAUGGUGAUGAUGUGAGCAAUCCUCCCCUGCCUUUCAACUCGGCCCCUGCGUCUCAAGCUUCUAGCGAAGAAUUUUCUUCCACGGUGUAAAACUGCCCUUCAGUCGUGCAUUGACUUUAGAAGUCUCUGUAAUGAUUAUUAAGAUAUAGUUAAAAACGUAGAGAAAAGAUUGUAUAUG